AUGUCCUUGUUUCAUCAAUGUUACAGCCACUUUGACAUGGAUUCACAGGACACAGCUCAUUACACACACACACACACACACAAUACUAACAGAUACAGAAUCAGUUCUGAACACAGACUCUCUGCGAUGGCACUGACACAUGGAUCGGCCACUGUGCUCCUGAUCUUUCUGUGGACAUUGUCUAUGACUGACUCCAAAGAGGCUUAUGUGACUUGUUUAUUCCAUGAGGACUGCAUGCUUCCCUGUAGCUUUACACCCACUGGUGCCGUGGUCAUCCACUGGUACAAACAGCAGAUCCCUGUUCACAGCUACUAUUACAACAAGGACCAGUAUGGACUGCAGAAUAAGCACUUCAAUGGAAGGACAUGCUUGUUCAACUCCCAGAUCGCCCAUGGCAAUGCAUCGCUCCUCCUGAAAAGGAUAAAAGUUCAGGACAAGGGAAGAUACAAGUGCUACACCAGCACCAGAAAGAGGAACCAGGAGACCUUUGUCAACCUGGGGGUGAAAGCUCUCAUCCAGUCAGUGAGAAUAGAGAUGACUGGGGAGGUGGUCUCCUGUUCAUCUCAGAACAUCUAUCCUGCACCUCAGGUGGCAUGGAAUACAGACCCAGCGUCUGGUCCAGAAACACUACAGAACUCCACCAUCAAAACCCCAGACUCCAAGGGUCUGUACACAGUGGAGAGCACAGUGAGGAUCUUGGGUAAUGUCUCUGACCACGCCUACUUCUGCUCUGUCAUCUCUGCAGACAAGGCCCAGGUGUGGACAGUCUCUCUGAGGCAGCAAGUGGAAUUGAUUGGAGAGGCGGGACAAGAGCUGUCCAUACCCUGCAUCGCUCCACAGAACCUCCAGAACUUCUCCCUCACCUGGACCUUCACCAGAACCAAUGAUCCCACAGUCAUCCUCAGCUACGACAGCAGAACCAGACGGACCUCCAACCUCUGGGAGGGCCGGGCUGGACUGGAGCAGGACCAGGUUCUGAUGGGCAACGGAUCCCUCCUUCUUCACAACCCAGAGAAUCAGGAACACUCAGGAACUUACACCUGUACAUUCACAGGCCUCCAGAGCAGACACAUGGUACAAACCCAGGUCAACAUCACAGUUACCCCAAUAGUAGAGGAUGAGCAGAACAGUGAGAGGUCAUGGCUGGGCACAGUAGCCUCUGUCGCCUUCUUUGUCUUCACAGUUUCUGUGGCCCUUCCAAGGUAUCUAAGGCACAGAGGAAAGCAAACAACAUAUAAUUGGAAAGAUGGACGACCAUUGCCUAUAAUGAGACCCUCACAUGCAGAUACAGCAAUAAUCAUGAUUGGUGCAACUUUACAUCAACAAAAUGGAGCAGGUCUGGAUGAAACAGGAACAAAGGAACAUAGACCACAUAGCCAAGGACUGUACAUAUCUGGACCACAUACACUAGAUGGUGACAUAACACAGCCAUAUACUCCAAGACCGGAUGAAUUGGCAAGCGAUGUACCAGAGACAGCAGGAUGUUGUUCACCACGAUCACAGUCGCAUUUGAGUGAGGAGCUAGAUGGUGACACAAUCGAACCACAAACACCAGGCAAUGAUGAACCACAGCCACACAUACCAGAGAGUGAUGAACCAGGAAAUGGUGGCCCUGUAAGUUAUUCACAAGACCUUGAUGCAACAAUAUCAUAUGCCCAAGAUGAGAUGCCAGGACCAUGUACAUCAGGAGAUGAAGAAGAAGUAGUACUUCAUCAUCUACAGACACAUGAAGAGGUCCUGUCCGACCAAACACCAGAAGAGUUGGUUCCUCUGGAUCAGAUGACUCUGAAAGAGGUGCACAUAUCCAGGACAUACCAGGUAGUAACGCACCAGGACCUUACAUAACAGGACGUGGCAACAUGUCAUAAUGGACUAGCGAUUGAGGAGAUACUGUACUUCUCACAGUACUGGAGCAGGCAAAGGUCAAUGAUCACAGCUGAUGAUGGACACAUGGCUACAUCAAUAUCCUCACAGAGUCAGAGUCACGCAGGCUGAUGUGGCCAGACCUAUAAACAAUAUGACUAUGGCAAACUUUGGGAUGGUUGGAUUUUUGGUGGGGAAAUUUGUGUAAAUUCUGUCAAAAAUACUAUUUGAUUAGUUAAUAUCGCCCUGUUUGAUAUUUGCAAUGAGUAUACUGUUAUGGUAACCUAUAUUUUCAGACUAAGGUUUUAAUAUAUGUAUUAAAGAUAACUGGUUGUUGAUAACAAGUU